AUGGCACAGAAAGGAGCUGAGCUGGACCGGGAGAGUUUCUCCUGUUCAAUCUGUCUGGAUUUGCUAAGGGAUCCAGUCACCAUUCUCUGUGGACACAGCUACUGCAUGAAGUGUAUUGAAAACUUUUGGGAUGAAGAGGAUGAGAAAGGAGUCCACAGCUGUCCUCAGUGCAGCCAGACCUUCAAACCGAGACCUACCCUGGUGAAAAACAUCAUGCUGGAAGCUUUAACUGAGCAGAUGAAGAUGAUUGCAAUUAGAGCUGCUCCUACUGAUCAAAGCUACGCCGGACUCAAUGACACUGCCUGUGAUAUCUGCCCUGGAAGAGGGUUAAAAGCCAUAAAGUCCUGUUUGAUGUGUUUGUUGUCUUACUGUGAGAAUCACCUCCAGCCUCAUUAUGAUGUGGCUCGGUUAAAGAAGCACCAGCUGGUGGAUCCAUCCUUUCAAUUCCAUGAGAACAUCUGCUCACGCCACGACGAGGUGAUGAAGAUGUUCUGUCGCACUGAUCAGCGGAGCAUCUGUUACGUCUGCACUGUGGAUGAACAUAAAGGUCAUGACAUCGUCUCAGGUGAAGCAGAGAGGAUGGAGAAGCAGAAGAAGCUGGAGGUGAGAAGAGAAGAGAUCCAGCAGAAGAUUAAGGAACGAGAGAAAGAUUUUAAGUUGCUUCAACAGGAGAUGGAGGCCAUAAUUGUCUCUGCUGAAAAAGCGGUCCAGGUAAAUAAGACAAUAUUCACUGAGGUAAUAUAUCUCCUUCAGCAAAGGAGUUUUGAACUGAGCCAGCAGAUCCGAUCCCAGCAGGAUUUAGAAGUGAGCAGGGUUAAAGAUCUUCAGGAGAAGCUGGAGCAGGAGAUCUGUGAGCUGAAGAAGAAAGAUUUUGAGCUGCAGCAUCUCUCACAGACAGAGGAUCAUAACCAUUUUUUUCUGAACUUUUCCUCACUGUCAUCUCUCAGUGAGCCUGACUACUCCUCCACCAUCAAAGUUUGUCAUCCGAGGUACUUUAAAGAUGUGAUAGCAGCUGUCUCAGAGCUGGGAGAUCAAUUUCAGGACACCCUAAGGAGGAAAUGGGCAGACAUCUCAUUGAGAGUUACUGAAGUGGAUGUUUUACUGUCAGAACCAGAACCAGACCCCAAGAAAAGAUCUGGAUUCUUAAAGUUUACAAAGAAAAUCUCCCUUGAUCCAAAAACAGCUCACAAACAGCUGCUGUUAGAUGAGGGGAAUCGAAGAAUAACAUUAAUGUCUCAGACUUCUCCUGAUCAUCCAGAGAGGUUCUCUGUACCAUUCCAGAUCCUUAGUAGACAGAGUCUAACUGGGCGCUGUUACUGGGAGGUGAAGCUGGGCGGACUGGGAGGCUAUGUGGCAGUCGCUUAUAAGGAGGUCUAUAAAGCAGACACUGAGUUUGGAGCUAAUGACAAGUCCUGGGCUUUAUUUAGUAGCUUAAACAAAAACAUUUUUUUGCACAACAAAAUCCAAACUCUCAUCCCUGGUUCUAAAUUUUCCAGAAUUGGGGUGUAUGUAAAUCAACGAGCAGGUACUCUGUCGUUUUACAACGUCUCUGAGAACAUGACUCUGCUCCACAGAGUGCAGACCACCUUCACUCAGCCGCUCUAUGCUGGAAUACGAAUGUACUGUAAAUUCGGAGACACAGCUGAGAUAUGUAAACUAAAAUAA